UCAGGCAUAUGUUUAGGCAGUGUGGGUCCUUCGAUCUUUUUCACAUUCCCUGAGAGAGGCAACUGCCAGUAUGAAUGACACAGUCACAGUUCGGACCAGGAAGUUUAUGACAAACCGGCUGCUUCAAAGGAAGCAAAUGGUUGUGGAUGUCCUGCACCCUGGCAAGGCUACGGUCCCUAAGACUGAGGUCAGAGACAAGCUCGCUAAAAUGUACAAAACCACCCCGGACGUGGUGUUUGCCUUCGGCUUCAGGACUCAGUUUGGCGGCGGCAAAACCACUGGCUUCGCGAUGGUGUACGACUCUUUAGAUUACGCCAAGAAGAACGAGCCCAAACACCGGCUGGCCCGGCAUGGUCUGUUUGAAAAGAAGAGGUCCUCCAGGAAACAGCGUAAGGAACGGAAGAACAGGAUGAAGAAAGUCCGUGGAGUGGCCAAAGCCAGCGUUGGUGCUUCUGGCAAAAAGUGAGCCGGGAUCCUCAAGGAAUGUCGUCCACAACACGUUCUUGUGCAUCUUUAAUAAAAAAACUUCAAAAAAAUGGAA